AUGACCAGGUUCAAGAUCACAGUCACCUCGGACACCAUCUGCCCAUGGUGCUACGUUGGUCGCAGACAGCUCCAAGCCGCCCAGCGCCUGUGGGAGCAAAAGUACCCCAACUCCAAUGACACCUUCGCCGUUAGCUACCAACCCUUCCAACUCAAGCCCGAUUGGCCCCGAGGUCCUGGAUCCAGCGUCUCCAAGGAAAAGGUUUACAAUGAGAAGUUCGGCAAGGAGCGCGUGGCUAUGAUGCACAAGCACCUAAGCGGCGUCGGAGAGAGUCUGGGCAUCAAGUUCAAGUAUGGUGGACAGACUGGAAACACUAGGGACUCGCAUCGGUUGGUUCAAUUGGCCAAGAAGUAUGGUGGGGAGACCGAGGGCAAGGCUCUCGAUGGCCUCUUUGCCGCGUAUUUCGAGGAGAACGAAGACAUCACCAGCUACGACAUCCUGAGGAAGGUGGCGGUUGAGGCGGGGAUUCCGGAGGCCGAGUUCCAGAAGGCCAUUGUCGACAGCGACGAGUUCGGCCCCGAAGUGGACAGGCUAUCGGAAGAGGCGCACUACAGUGGUGUCAGUGGGGUGCCUGACUUUGUGAUGCAGGAUCGAUUCCGACUUUCUGGCGCCAACGAUCCAUCGACGUUUGUCAGUGCUUGGGAAAAGAUCAAAGCGGCUGAGGGUUCAUGA